CUCAUAACGUAAUAAAAGCCUCUCUCACACACGCCACUUCUUCCCAUUUUCUUUCCAACUCUCCUCCACUCCGCUCUGCCCAAAAACACCAAACCGAUCACACACAGAGACUCAAAUAAUGACGCACCGCUUCAAGUUCCUCACUUUGUUCCUUGUUGCUGUGGUUCUUCUAGGAGGAGGAGCUUCCGUUCACGCCCAAGACGGCGGUGAGAAGUGCGGUGGAUGCACCACUCCAAGCCCUCCACCGCCGUCUCCUCCACCACCAUCACCUUGUCCACCUCCACCGGCGCUUCCACCGCCAACACCAGUUCUCCCGCCUCCUUCCCCCAAGAAGCCUCCAACUGCGUACUGCCCUCCUCCGCCGACUGGAUAUACUCCUGGGAGUCCUGGAAUGAUUUACAUCACCGGUCCGCCAGGGCAGCUGUACCCUAUUGAUCAGGACUUCAAUGGUGCUAAUGGAGUGAGGAGCUCAGUGACGUUGCCGAUUCUACUUGGUCUCGGAUUGCUGGCUGUUCUGGCGUUUUGGUGAUCAUGCUGGAGUUGAUUAAUUGGUGGACUAUUAUAGUAUGGUAAGAUUCAGAUGAUCGUAAAGGAACAUAGAUUAUUUUUUCUUAUUCUCUUGUAGUUUAAGGGGAUUAAAGGGCCCGAGGGUUGAUAAUUGUUGCUCCAUCUCCACAUCAAUUGUGUAUUAUUAAUCUUCAAUAACAAACAAUCUUUCAGUUCAAUUAUAUCGUCAAUAUUAUCUCUUCAAAGUUCACACAAAAA